UGUUUGGAAAACACCAGGGAAGUUGAGCAUUGCGUCUAUGCCACAUCUCCGCCUGUAUUUAGUUUCCAUAUUAUGGGAGGGACUUGGAAGCAGAGCAAGUUUCACUUUCAGCUGCAGAACAGGGAAGCGGUAGGACCCUAUAAUUCUACAGCGGCUCUGUUCGUAUGACAGAGGGAGGAAAGAAAGCCAUGUUCCCAUUAAAUGUUUUCACACCACAAGAAGCAGAAGUAACCACAAACUGAAUGUCCCUGAGCAUGGGCACUGAUAUGGACAAAGAAUGCUUGCCGAGGAACUAGUGCUUAAACAAAGGACGAAGAUACUGCAUGCACUGUGCAGCAGUGGGUCAGCAGAACAUCUGGAGAGAGUUCUGGAUAUACUGCUUGCCAAGGGGGCGCUCAUAUGGGAGGACUACCAGAACAUACAGGUACCAGGAAGAACACUAUAUACCAAUGCAAGACAGCUGCUUGAUCUGGUCUAUACAAAGGGUGUGGACACAUGUGGGCUCUUUCUAGCUGCUCUCAAACUGGCCUUGCCUGAAGCACAGGCAGUGGGGCUCUCCUUCUCUGAAUCCUGCUCAAAUCUACAAGAAAACGAUGAAUGUCAGAGCACUUCUAAUCAAACUCUUCUGGCUCAACGACCAAGCCUUGUCCACAAGCUUCAGGGCUGUGUUGAUGGUGUUCUAGCAGCUCUGCUGGAUUCGGGUCACUUUUCUUCAGCUGAUUGUGAUGAAGUGCGGUUGCCUAUAUAUACUCCCACCCAACAGGCAAGGCGUCUGCUUGACCAUGUCAGAUCCAGAGGUGAUUUAGCAGCAUCGGUUCUCCUGCAGUACAUUCAUCAAAAACACGAACCUGGAUUGCCACUUAACCAGAGGGAACUGACUCCUCCCAAAGAGUUUUUAAAGUACCAGAAGAAGCUGAGCAGUUCUGUGUCUGCUCAGGCCUGCUUUCUCAGUACUUAUGCGGGAACUAGCCAUAUGUCUCUCGAUGACAUUUACACUGAUGGCCAGCUGGAACUAGCCGAAGUUAAUGCCCAUGGACCUUUGGGAUUGGAAGACAUCGUUGGUUUGGUGGGUAUAGUGAAUGAGGAGGCAGACACAGUGCUAGUAUCCGGGGAGGCAGGCAGUGGAAAAAGCACCCUUCUCCAGAGGCUGCACUUGCUUUGGGCUCGAGGGGUAGCCCUUCAAGACUUUCUCCUUCUAUUUCCAUUCAGCUGUCGCAGGUUGAAUUCAGAGCACAAUGAACUGUCAGUCCAGGAGUUGUUGUUUCAGCACUGCUGCUGGCCAGACCGGAACCAAGAAGAAAUUUUCCAGUUCAUCUUGGACCACCCACAUCAAAUCCUGUUCACUUUUGAUGGCCUGGAUGAGCUCAAGCAGAGCUUUACAGAUGAGCACAGAGUUUGCUGCCCCACCCAGCGUGCACCUGUUCAUGUAUUAUUGUUCAACUUAAUCCAGGGUUCCCUCAUGAAGGGGGUGCAGAAAGUGGUCACUAGCCGUUCAGAAGCAGUGAGCCCAUUGUUAAAGAAGCACCUACGCAAAGAGGUUGUCCUGAAAGGGUUUUCCCCAACUGGGAUUGACAGUUUUGUACGGAAACAUCACAGGGACCCCACUGUAGCUGCUAAGGUUUUAGAGUCAAUGCAGGCGAACACAGCUUUACUUGGACUAUGUCACAGUCCAGUUCUCUGCUGGAUAGUUUCACAGUGCCAUAAGGAGCUGCUGGGCUGUGGAGAAGGCAGCCCCAAAACAAUUACAGAUGUUUACCUGAUGAUCUUACAGCACUUUCUCCAGCACCAAAGUCCUCUGAAGAGCACCAUGGGUUUAGGCUGGCUACAGGAGCACCUAAAAACAGUCCUUCUUCUUGGACAGCUUGCUUUUGAGGGGAUAACAUCCACCUGUUAUAUUUUUUCAGGUACAGACCUAGAAGCAUGCGGUGUAACUGAAAAGGAUAUCUGCAUGGUUUUUCUGAUAAAAAGCAAAGAUAUGUCCUCUACUCACUCCAAAUGCUAUGAAUUCAGUCAUGUGACAUUGCAAUGUUUCUUUGCUGCUCUCUUCAUUGUUUUGUCAAGUAACACUAACCGUUCAGUUAUCCCAAAGCUCUUUGAGCUAGAGAACAGGGAGACAGGUCUUACACGUGUCUGCUUUACAGCCUGCUUGCCUUCCAGUGAUCAACAACAGCAAGCUUCAGAGAAGGAAAGUAAAGCAGCAGAGACACCAAAUCUGCAAAUCACAGCCAUGUUUGUGUCUGGACUAUUGUCCCAGCGCCAUCAAAAUCUGUGGCUCCACUGCUGCCCCAGUGCUGCAGUGGAGAAAAAGGCCAGACAGGUGGCAAGAUGCCUUUCCAAAGGCAUUCAGAAACACUUUAGGUCCAUUCCCCAACCUGUACAAGGGGAAAAGAAGAGCAUGCAUGCAAUGCCGGACUUUGUGUGGCUUAUAAAAUGCCUCUAUGAGAUGCAGGAGAGUCGGAUAGCUAAAGAUGCUAUGAGCAAGCUGGAGGUGGACCAUUUGAAAUUGACAUACUGUAAUAUCGGACCUGUAGAGUGCACGGCGCUUGCUUAUGUGCUCCAGCACUUAAGAAAUCCUGUAGGCCUCCAGCUGGACAACAACUCUGUGGGUGAUGUUGGAGUGGAACAGCUUCUUCCCUGCAUGCACAUUUGCAAUUCCCUUUACCUCAGAAAUAACAACAUUACAGAUGAGGGCAUCCGCAAACUGAUUGCUAAAGUCAUCCAGUGUGACAGCUUUCAGAAAAUUGCGCUCUUCAACAACAAAUUAACUGAUGCUUGCAUGCAGGAUUUUUCUUAUUUAUUGAAGACCAAGCAGGUCUUCAUUUCUUUAAGGCUAGGCAACAAUAACAUAACAGCAGAAGGAGCAAAGCAGCUGGCAGAGGGACUGAAAGCCAAUCAAACCUUGGCGUACUUAGGGUUAUGGGGCAAUAGGAUAGGUGAUGCAGGAACUGAGGCCCUUGCUAGUAGUCUUGAGAGAAGCAACUCUCUGGUGUGGCUAAGCCUGGUAGGCAAUGGUGUAGGGAGUGCAGGAGCAUGUGCCCUCGCUAAUCUCAUCAGGAAGAGCACAUCACUGCAGGAACUUUGGUUGACAGAAAACUGCAUAACCAGAACGGGGGUGGAAUGUCUGAUUCAAGCCCUUAAACACAAUACACAUGUGACAUCAGUAUGGUUAAGAAACAAUGAUCUCAGUUUGGAGGAUGCAGAAGAAAUGAAGCAACUGGAAUCAAGACUGAUCUUCUGAUUUGUAUUGCACUGGCAAAAGACUGUACUUUGCAAGAAAAUGUAUUUUAUUUAUUACAGGAAUGGUUUCUACUUAUAUUUGAGAUUUAAAAUGUGUGUAAUAGGGUUUUUUCUUUUAUUCGGAUCAGUGUUUUUUCAAGGUUGCAAAAUACAUACACCUCUUUAUUGGGUUUUUAUAGGUGGAAGUGGUGUGGCAUUGCUUUAUACCAUAACAAAUACUACCUUUUACAUCACCAACACAACUUCUACUACUCAUAGUAACAGCAGAAGUGUUAUUUUUAUUUUUUGUUUCUUUAUUUUAUUUUGUUGUAGUUAGUGGAAAGAGGUGUGACAUUUUACUACAGAAUGUAAGACUGUAUAGUCUGUGGUUACCGUUAUGGAAGAGUUGUAACACCUUCAUAUCCUUCAGUCAGAAACAGCUACACAUGUACAGUUACAUUGUCUUAAGGGUUACAAAAAAGGUUACAUUUGAAGUUUGCAGAGAAGGGCAGAGGCAAAUAUGCUGUUUUGGAGUGGAAAAAAAAGAAAAACAAUUUUCUGUAUCAGAUCAGAUGUAUGUUUUUACUAUACUGAGCUUAAAUGUCUGGGAGAUUUACAAAGAGUAUUCUUACAGUCCAAACGAGUAUUCUCAAAGUCCUUGUUGUGCAAGUUAAAAGUAGAAAUUACUGACAUUACAAGUUUCAAUUUUUGUUUAUUAAAACUUAUCACAGCAGAAAAGUUUAUAGAGCACAUUUUGUUGUAUGUUUUUUUCUGGUUGUUUGUUUUAGGAAUGAGUUUACAACUCUGUGGAGUUUGAUGGAAAUUGGGUGUAUUCUGUUUUACACUAUAUACUAUAUUUUUGCUGUCUAUGUUACCUGUUUUUGUCAUGUGUGUAAACUGGUUUCUAUUUUCUGUCUUUUAAUAUAAUGCUCAUUAAGCAGAUGUGUAAUUAAAAAAACAUCCUAUACAAAGAAAAUUCCCAUUCUGCAGUUAAUCCUGAUUGAAUAAAUGCAGCUCAAGUA